AUGCGCACUUGGCCGCUGAUAGACCGGCUGGGACGUCGGCCAGGCUCGUGGUCGGAAGCAUGUUUGUCAUGGCUGCAGGGCUACCGCCCAUCGGCAGCUAUCAGCACCAUCAACAACGCGCCAUCCCUCAAGGCCACGGUUGCAUUUAUGGCAGUUUGGGACUUCUUUUACCAACCAACCCUCGGCGCGGUAGCCUACGCGAUCCACGGCGAGACACCGUCUCCCUCGCACCGGCAAAAGACAUACUCCAUCAACAUCAUGAGCGCCACAGCCGUCUCGUGCGCCAUACUGCAGGUGAUGCUGUACCUGAUCAACCCGGACCAGGCGAACCUGGGUGGCAAGAUCUGCUUCGCCUUCUUUGCGCCCUCGGUGCCCAUUUGCCUGUACCUGUACUUUUGCCUGCCCGAGAUGAAGGGGCCGCACCUAUGUCGAGCUGGAAGAGUUUUUUCGGAACAAGGUCCCCCGCUCGGGCCUUUUGUUCGUACGUCUGCCACAGCGCAAUGGAGCUUUCCGGCGCGGUCAGGGAUGCCAAGAGGUCCGAGAUCGAGGCAAGAGAGUUUGAGCAGAAAGGGGGAGGGCAUCUCUGGUGUGUUUGUGCAUUUUCUUUAA